AUUUUGAAGUAGCUAGCUUCCUUCAGUACAUACUUUCAAGUUAUCUUUAGAAAGCUUUUUCCUUGAAAUUUGGCAGACUACAAUGAGCGCACCAAAUAAAGCACUGGAACUACAGCUGCAAAUGAAGCAAAAUGCUGAAGAGCUGCAGGAUUUUAUGAGAGAAUUGGAGAGCUGGGAAAAAGAUAUUAAAGAAGUGGAUUCUGAACUAAGGAAACAGAGUGGUGUCCCAGAAGAGAAUUUGCCACCAAUUCGAAACAAGACUUUUAAGAAAAAGAAGAAAAGCAAAAAUAAAGUCCCUUCAAAGAUAACCACCGAGGAAAACAAGAAAAACAAGAUCAAGUCUUAUGAUUAUGAAGCAUGGGGAAAACUUGAUGUGGAUAAAAUACUUGAAGAACUUGAUAAAGAAGAUAGUACUCAUGAUUCUAUAUCUCCAGAAUCAGACUCUGAGGAAGAUGGAAUCCGUAUAGAUGCAGAAAAAGCUCUUGCAGAGAAGGAAAAGGGUAAUAACUACUUUAAACAAGGGAACUUUGAUGAAGCUAUAAAAUGCUACACUAGAGGGAUGCAUUCUGAUCCAUACAAUCCAGUAUUACCCACAAACAGAGCAUCAGCUUUUUAUAGAAUGAAAAAGUUUGCUGUUGCAGAAUCUGACUGCAAUUUAGCACUUGCUUUAGAUAAAAAUUACACAAAGGCUUAUGCCAGAAGAGGGGCUGCUCGCUUUGCUUUGAAAAAUCUUCAAGGUGCUAAAGAAGAUUAUGAAAAAGUUUUAGAGCUGGAUGCAAACAACUUUGAAGCAAAAAAUGAACUGAAGAAAAUUGAUCAGGCUCUGUCAUCAAGAAGUUCUGAACAGAAAGAGUUUGAAGAUGUGGUCAGACCAGAAUUAACAGAUGAAGAGAAGCAGCGCAUUGAAUGCCAGCAGCAAAAGCAGAAGGCUAUUACAGAGAAAGAUCUGGGUAAUGGUUAUUUCAAAGAAGGAAAGUAUGAGACUGCAAUAGAAUGUUAUACCCGUGGUAUAGCAGCAGAUGGCACCAAUGCACUUCUGCCAGCUAACAGAGCCAUGGCCUAUCUAAAGAUCGAAAAAUAUGAAGAGGCAGAAAAUGACUGUACACAAGCUCUGCUCUUAGAUGCCUCCUAUUCUAAAGCCUUUGCCAGAAGAGGAGCUGCCAGAGUUGCUCUUGGAAAGCUAAAAGAAGCUAUGCAAGACUUUGAAGCUGUUCUGAAGCUGGAACCUGGAAAUAAGCAAGCAGUAAAUGAACUCACUAAAAUAAGGAAUGAAUUAGCUGAAAAGGAACAGUGGACUCAUCAAGAAUAUCCUGCAGUAUUGAUAAAAGAAACAGAAAUAAAAAACAUAGUGAAACUGAUUGAUAAUCCAUUAGACCUGAAAUCAACAAAGCCUCUGCGAAGAAUACCCAUUGAGGAAACUGAUGAUGACACACCAAAUAGUGAUUUGCCCAGCACUACUGCUUUAAUAAGUAACUGGAGGAAUUCAGUGAGUGUUGAAACAACAGACAAUCAAGAUCAGGAUGAUCAGUUGACUACAACAGACAUUCCAAAAGCAAAGCACUUGAAAAUAGAAGAAAUCAGUGAUAUAUCACCAUUACAGUUUCCUGCAAGUGUGAAAGGAAUUUCAUCAGUGUUGCAUCCAUCUUUCCCUGUGAACAAACAGAGGGAAAAAGAAAUCAAAAGGUCAUUUACGUCUGCUUCUCCAGUCCCUGCCAUUCCAGCAAAUUCUUUCCAGCUUGAGUCUGAUUUCAGGAAGUUAAAAGACUGCCCAGAAAAUAUGUACUUAUACCUGAAGCAAAUAGAGCCUUCGCUUUAUUCAAAACUGUUCCAGAAAUCCUUAGAUCCAGACUUGUUUAACCAGAUACUGAAAAUUCUACAUGAUUUCUAUAUUGAGAAAGAGGAGCCAUUGCUCAUCCUUGAAAUACUCCAGAGGCUAUCUGAAUUAAAAAGAUUUGAUAUGGCAAUAAUGUUUAUGUCAGGCUCAGAGAAAAAAAGUAAUUGCACAGGUACUGUUCAAUCAUUUGAGACACAUGGGAUUGAAAGACGCUUCUGUUGAAGAAUUGGAGAAGAAAUACGGCAUUUUCUCUUAAUGAAAUGACUGAUGUGUGAACUUCUGCACUUAUUUCAUGUGGAAAUCAGCUGAAGACAACUGGGAUUUUGUUGCUUUUGUAUAAGUAAUGAAACUUUUAAACUUGGUUUAGCCAAAUGGCAAGUGCCUGAAGAGAUAAUUAUCUUGGUCUGCAGAUAUGUUUUCUUUCCAGCAUCUGAAACUAUGCAGAUCUACAUUAUCUUCAGUGGAAUCCUAAGAAAACAAUUGGGCAGUUUGGCAUUCCGGGUUGGGACUGUAGAUAGAGAUCUUUAUUAAAAAGGAAAAGAAAAAGUAUUUAUAAACGUCUUUGGUAAGAUGUGCAUGUCUCAUUUUAGAAAAUAAACUGAAUAUUGAAUUGAAGAUACUAAAUUUUUGAGGAAUUUUUUCUUAUUAAUGUGCCUAAAUCAUCCUUCUCUAAGGAUGCACCAUAUCAGAACAUGUAAUGUGCAAAGCAAACCUGAGGUGUGAUGGCCAAAAAUAUUCCAGAGCUCUUUUACUUGAGUUUACCCAAAAGCUGAGUUUUAGCAUUGACAGCUGAGGUAUUUCUGUGAACCUCAACCGUAAUUGCAGAACAGAAAGAAGCCAAAUAUUGUUGAAUGAAACUAGAAGUGUAGGGAAAAAUGCUUUUUGAUGUCUUCAGAGAGUACUUUUAAUAUAUUCUAAUGAAACUUUCUUUUGGGUCAGUUUUUCCUAACAAGAUAAAGCCCUUCAGAAGCCUCAGGAAGCUAAGCAGAAUACCUUUCCAGUAUGCAGAAGACAAAGGCAGGAAGUCACCUGAAAUUCUUAGAUGAGAUGAAAAAUAGCAUUAGGCAUAAUAAAUUCUUUGUACUGUUCAUGUGAACACAAGAAGGAAAUAACAGCACUUUUCAAGUAUACUGUAAGAUUUAACUGUAGUAUCCCAAGAAGUGGCAUCUAAAAAUUUCCUUCUGUUCUCUAGGCUUGACUGCUGUUGCUUGCGUCCUCUUGAUACUAAUGUUCUGUCAGCUUGCUUUCGUCCUGAUUCAGCCCCUGUGCUUUACUGAUAUUUCUCUGACUGUGGAAGCCUUCUGACACUAAUGAUUUUGUUUUAGUAAUUGUGCAAGUUUAAUCAUUCAGAAGAGUGAUUAAACUGCUGUAGCAUUCAAAAAAGACUUCAAACUUCCAAGGUGAAUUAAUAGAAAAAAGUAUGAAUUUUAUCUGUGAUGUAGUCAGUAUUAGAAAACUAAUUUUUAAAACAUCUGCAGGUGUGUAAUGUCCUAGUUCAGAUAUAAUCCAGUUAU